CUUCCUCAUCCUCGUUGUGUUUGUGUGCGCGAAACGCAAACAAAAACAACAAAGAAGACAACAACAACAACAACAAAGACGAACAGAAGCAGAAGGCUGAACACAACGCAACCACAAGCACACAACACAACACCUCCUACCUCAGCUGCCUUGCACUGCUUUGUCUUAUCUUUGCUUCUCCUUGCCUGCGACCCUUCUCCCGAGCUAGGCCUGUUUCUCGUUUGCAGCGCUUGUUGCUUCCACCGGCCCGCCAUGCAAGAGGUGUUGGAGGUUGUGGAGGCGAUUCUGGCUCGUCCAAACGACGAGCUCACGCAACAGUGGAACGAGUUCCAGAAUAGCGAUGCGGCGUGGUCCACGCUGCUUGACGUGAUCCAGUCCCCCUCAGCUUCGCAACCGGUGCGCCUGUUUGCGUGCACGACCUUUCGACACAAGUGCACGGACGGCAGCUUGCUCGCCCUGCAGCCGGAGGCGCUGCACGAGCUUUACCAGCGGCUUGUGGCAUGCAUUGGGAUGGACGCCAUUGGCAAGGCCGAGGCCCGGUCCCUGUGCAUUGCCGUCGGCGCCGUGCUGGCGCGAGAACCGCAACUGCUGGAAGCUGCGCUCGAGGGCCAGGGCGUCUUCAACGACCUUCCCACCAACCUCGCCUUUGAUGCCCUGGCCAGCGUCCCGGAGAUGAUCCAGCCAUCCUCGUUCACAACACAGCAGGAACACCAGCGACGCAUACACGCCUCCGUCAACCGCGUGCUCUCGCUCACCACCCAGGCACUUGAGCAGGGCCUGUCUACCACGGACGGCGUCGCCGUGUGCAGAACCAUCACGGCGUGGUGCUCCGGUGACGUGGCCGCAUCAGUCACCCCACAGACCACCGCCACCCUCCUCCCCUGCCUAUGGCCCGUGCUCCUUGCCGACACCCCAGAGGCGGUCGUUGCCGCUGCCGACGCGUUCACCGCGCUGCUGGAGAACGUGCGAAUCAGCGAACACGAGGAGUGCGUGCAGUUCCUGGCUGCGCGCGUGUGCGACGCAGCAGAGCCCGCUGCACAGCACGUGCAAGCGCUGUACGCGUCCGCAUAUGAGCACGGUAUCGGUGGCGACGAUGGCGACUCGGCAUACACGGCGCUAUUGCGGUUUGCUGCCGUGUGGGCAACGAGCAUGGCCCUUGUUCUGCCUCGCCUCCUCGUGCAAGGCAACACAGACACGGUCGGUGCUGCGGUGAUGACGCUGUGCGCGCUGCUCAACCACCCGCUUCUUCCCGUGGCGGAGGUCGCCCUUGUCGGCUUUGCGUCACUGCCGGAACUGGACGGUUCUGCCGACGCGACUGUUCCGCUCAUGCGCGAAAUCCUCAACAGCAUCUGCGACAGGUGCUGCUUCAUUGAGGACGACGGCACGCGGCGCGAGUGGGAGGAGGUCGCGCAGGACUUCAACCGUGUUAGGAGAGCAGCCAGGGAUGCAAUUGCGGACAUUGCCUUGUCGUUGCACGAUCCGAUCUGGCCGCUGGCGGAGGAACUCAUGUCCACCCGCCUCUCAUCUGACUCACCACAACGCGUCGAAGUCGCCCUCUUCCUCAUCGAGGCAGUCUGCUCAACGGUGCCAGCCCCGCAGCAGAGCGUCUCGUCACAACUCGGCGACACGUUGGCGCAGGUCGCCAGCCUCUGUUUCUUGCAGCUCGCGCCGGAUACCCGCGUGGAGCUUGCGCGGCUGCGGCUGCUGAAUGCGCUGAUCCCACACGUCGUCUCCAACCCGAAUCUCAUCCAGCCCGCGUUUGCACUCUGCAUCGAGCGCGCACAGCUGCCGGAACUUGCACAGGAGGCGGGACGGGUGAUGGCAGCGGUGAUGGCGAAAUUACGGCGAAAUCUCACGGGUGUCGACAUCUCAUCACUUGCGAGUGCGCUCGUGUCAGCUGCCGUCCACACAGAUGCUGAGGAGGUCAUUGAAGCCGCAACGCGUCUGCUCGUCGCCCAUGUCACGUCCACGGGCGCUUACGCAGAUGCGCUGUCAUCGUUGACGUCGGGAUUACUGGACCGCCUGUCCACAAUCCUCACUGCUCCAGAUCUCAACGUGAUUGCACUGUGCACGUCCUUGGAUCUUCUUGGCAUUCACGUCCGCUUCUGUGACGCCAUGAGGACGAGCGAGGAAACCCAUCCCGUCGCGGUUGUACUGGAACAGCUGUCCUCUCAAGCUGAUCAGAUUGUUGCAUUUGUGCCACGCGGCGACGACUAUCCUGUCCCUGGAGAAGCGCUGUGUCGGCUGACAAUGAAGGCGAUCAAAGCAAAUCCACUUGUCUGCGUUAUGCAAGGCGCAGCCGUGUUUCACAUCGUCACAGAGAGUAUGAAACACCACACAAAGGCGAGCAUGGAUGUGCUGUGCGCGCUCGUUGAGGUCUCGAGCAUGCUGCCGGACGAGCAACAGCAACAGCUGCAUUCGCUCAUCAAGAACACAAUCGCCAUCUUCUCCGAGCAAUUUCCUGAAGACCCUGCGGUUGCGUGUGCGUUGCUGAAUCUCUGCUUCCGGUCGCUCGUCUUCCAACCAACACUCGUGCUGUCAACGCGCGAUGAAUCAGCCACCUUCUUUCAGUUUGCGCUCAGGGCCCUGCAGGCAGACGAUGUCAACACAAUGUGCAUUGCCGUGCAAAUAUUCAUGUUCACGCUGCGCCAACUCAACACACUGGAGCAAGUGCGCGAGUGGUUGCAGCACAGCGGGAUGCAGCUUGUGGAGACAGUUCUGGACCAGGUUGUUGCGCGGCACGACGCCGACCUGUGCAGGCGACUUGGCGCCAUUCUCGCUGCCCUUGUGGCGAUUGAGGCAGAUGUGGUGCAGUCACUACCAACGGUGCUUGCGCAGGCGCUUGAGAGGCAGGGCAUGGGCGCAAGGCUGCAGGAGGCCGAGGAGCCGCUCGCUCCACUGCUUGAUCCUGCAAAGGCCGGGGCCGUGACUGCGGAUGACGUGACGCAGGCCCUGCUUGCCAUCGCAGCCAUCUGCAAUCGGCGAUGAUGAUGAUGAUGCUCAAGCAUUUGUUGCUGGGUGCACGCACUUGGGUGCAUGCACACGUGUGCAUGUGGACGUGCGUGUGUGUGAAUGUGUGUUUGAUAGCAACUCCUCCCCCCGCCCCCCCUCUCUGUUUGACACUGCCAGCGUUUCCUUCCUCCCCUCCCUCCUUCCAUUCUCUUCCAUUCUCUUCAGCUCUUUGCUCUAGGCUGGGCGUACUCCCGCUUCGUUUGUCUUCUUGUACAUACAUGCAGACACCCUCUCGC